CAACCUCUUCAAACUCAGUCUACAGUGAUAUAUGUACGUUCAGGAAGUCUAUACUUGGGGUACUGAAGCGAGGCCGAUUUGUGAUGGUCUGGAACGCUGAUCAUCAUGGCCCCACCAGUUUCCAGCAGCGAUCGUCACCAAAACGUCACUCGCGACUUCCAUAAACAGAGAAAUAAAUAGGUACUCUCUUCCACCUCGCUUCUCUACUGAAGAGCAACAAAACUUCCUGAUUGUAAUCAAAAUGUCGAACUCCAACUUCCAGCUCAGCAAUGUUUUCGACGUCAAGGGCAAGGUUGCCCUCGUCACCGGUGGUGGCUCGGGUAUUGGCUUGAUGGCCACCCAAGCUCUCGCUACCAACGGAUCCAAGGUCUACAUCGUUGGCCGCACCGAAGAGAAGCUCAAGACUGUCCAGCAGACCUACGGCAAGGACAUCUCCGGCGAAAUCAUCCCUAUCGUUGGCGACGUUACCAAGAAGAGCGAGAUUGAGAAGCUCGUUAAGGAAAUCGAGUCAAAGGAAGGCUUCCUUGACAUACUUGUCAACAACGCUGGCAUUGACGCCGGUAAGCUGACCCCUGACGGCAAGGACGCUGAGGAGAUGAAGAAGAACCUCUUCGACGAAGACAGCUUCGAGGACUGGAGCGAUCUCUACACAACCAAUGUCAUUGCCCCCUUCUUCUUGAGCACCGCCUUCCUGCCCCUAUUGCAGAAGGCUACUGAGCGCACACACGGCUGGUCUGCUACUAUCAUCAACAUCUCAUCCAUCUCUGGUCUCGUCCGUAUCUCUCAGGGCCACUUCAACUACAAUGCCUCCAAGGGUGCCGUGGUUCACCUCAACAAGAUGCUCUCGGCUGAAGUCCAGAGCAGCGGCCUGAAGAUCCGCAUCAACGCUAUCGCUCCUGGUGUCUUCCCCUCGGAAAUGACUACUGGUGAGAGCAAGGAUGAUCAGAAGAGCGAACUGCCCAAGGAGCACAAGGGAGAUCUGCCUUCGCAGAGACCUGGAAAGGAGUCUGACAUGGCCGCCGCAGUACUGUUCUGUGCAGCCUGCCAGUACCUGAACGGGCAAAAUGUCCCUGUAGAUGGAGGAUACCUCAUCCAGACUGGUACCUAGGCGCACAGUAACAGGCUACGAACCAUCACGAAGAACUCAUGACAGAAAACAGCAUGUAAUUAAUGAGCACCAUUAUGAGAGACCAAAAAGUGUUUUCCCUCCACC